AUGCUGCCAUAGUUAAAACUCAUUUCAUUGAUUGUUAGAGUAUUUGUGAGACCAAUCAUUACAAGCAAAAAAGAAGUGUCAAUAUAAAAGGUCCAGAUGAGCAAACAAAGAUUUUUCACUCAAAAAAUAUAAAAUUUAGGAAAUUAUUAUCAUUAUAAGGAUGUAUAGAGAUUAUGAAAGAUAGUAAAAAAUUGAUAGAAUGUAUUUGAAUUAAAAUUUACAGGAUGAAUAUGAUAAAUUAAACGAUGAAGAUGCUUUAAAAUUAGUUAUUUUAAUUACCAUUAUCUUAUAGGGCACAGAAUUUUUAUUAGAAAUGUCAAUAUAUACCAUUUUGAUACUAGUCUCUUUAUUUGAAAUAUCCAAAACUUAUUUCGAAUAAUAAGAAAGAUAAUAAAAUAUGAAUAAUACAAUUAAUGUAAUUUUAAUGCUAAAAUAGAAUUUAUAAUAAUAAAUUAAAGUUAUUAAAGAAUUGAAAUUGAAAGACUUAAAUAAUCUUUAGAGAGUUUAUGAAAUUUACGAAGCAAAUCUUAAAUCAUUUCAAAUUAAAUAAGAAAAAGCAUUGAAACUAGUCUCUGAAGUCAGAUAAGUAAAAUUUGUUUUGAUAAUGAAGCUUUAACUUGAGAAUUUAAAAAAGGACAAUCAAAAUUGUUGA